CUUCGAACGGAUCGGAUUGAAGAAGGCAGAAGCUGCUCUACGAAAAGGAAACUAGUAUACCAACUAGGCCUGAGAAAGGUCUCCCGGUUUUUUUUUUCUGUCUUCUGUUGGUUUUCUAUCGUCUGGUUCCCAGUGUCGCUUGAGUGCAAGCCUACGGUGCAGACAGCAGUCUGCUACCAUCCAGUGUGACACGCGUGAUCCGAAAAUUACUUUCGAAUAUUCCGCUAUGUUAGAUUUCUAGGUCUUCGCGGGGAUAGAAAAUGUUAAUUUGGUGAUUUACCUAUCCGGAGUGAGAAUUUCUUUUUUUUUUUUUUUGCUCUGUGUGUGAGUGAAGUGAACCAAACGGAUUGCUAGUUUUAAAACAUGGGUUUGCCAGUGAUCAGGUUACUGGCCAUAGUCGCAGCGGUUGUGGUAGUCAAUUCACAAUUCCUAAGCUUCGACCAGCAUGGAAACGAUUGCGCCCUCUACGUGAGUGGUCCCGGUAAAUCGUCCGCCUUCGACUACAAUAUCAAUCUGUUCCAUGGCACGUUGUCUCCACUCAACACGGAGUCAAGGACGUGCAUCACCUACGACGCCAUCAAUCAGGCGUACUUGGAUGCUCGCAAACGCAUCCGAGUGUCGCAGCCAAAGGGCGACUGGAAGACAGAGGACAUUGCCACCGUUGGUGAACUGCUGCUCGACAUCUCCAUCCAGCUUGCGAGAACAUACGGUCUAUCGUACGAAGAAAUCGAGAAGGGUCUCCCCUCGAUCGACACCUCCAAGACUCUGAUCCGGGAGGUUUGUCCAGCCUUCCUGUCCGGGGUGGAAUGCCGCCCGGGAAAGUAUCGCCGCGUUGAUGGUCUGUGCAACAAUCUCAAGCACCCAACAUGGGGAGCCGCCAUGACACCGUUCCAGCGGUUGAUUGGUCCGCUGUAUGCCGACGGCAUCAACGCACCCAGAAUCUCAGUGACCGGUAACGAGUUGCCUCUGUCGCGUGUUGUCUCCCGAACCAUCCACCCUGAUGAAGGAUACCACGAUCACGCCGGAACGGUGUUUGUUAUCGCGUGGGGCCAAUUUAUGGACCACGACUUUACCCUAACCGGAACACCACUGGAUCCAAUUAACCGAAACGAUCCGGAGGAAUGCUGCAAACGUCCACCGCACCUAAAGCACCCGUACUGUAACGAAAUCCGUGUCCCCGAUGAUGACUACUUUUAUCGGCUGUUCAACGUCAAGUGUAUCGACUUCGUCCGUGGUUUCCCAUCCCCUCGUGCCGGCUGCCGUCUCGGAUCGAGACAACAGUUCAACACGCUGACCUCCGUUAUCGAUGGAAACACAAUCUAUGGUGUCAACGAAAAGUUCACCCGUAAGCUGCGUACCGGCUACAAUGGUCUGCUUCGCAUGAACCCGGUGUUCGCUGAGUACGGCCUCAAGGAUCUGCUUCCUCUGAAACUGGACAUCCCGGACGAAGGUUGCACUCGCCCGAACAAGAGCAUGUUCUGCUUCGAAGCCGGUGAGAUCCGUGUCAACGAGCAGCUGGUGCUGACCUGCAUGCACACGCUACUAGCUCGUGAACACAAUCGCAUCGCGACCGAGCUCAGUCGCAUCAAUCCCCACUGGGACGACGAAACUCUGUUCCAGGAAUCACGACGCAUAAACAUCGCCAUCAUUCAGCACAUCACCUAUAACGAGUUCCUGCCGAUUUUGCUCGGCAAGGAAGUUAUGGAGAAGUUUGGUCUGCUCACACCAAAGGAAGGCUACUGGGAUGGGUACGAUGAGACGGUCAAUCCAGCCAUCAUCGAUGCUUUCGCGGCCGCUGCUUUCCGUUUCGGCCACUCGCUGCUACCGACGGCCGUCGAACGGUGGUCCAAAGCGCACAAGUUUAUCGCCUCCAAGCGACUUUCCGAUCUGAUCCGUCGGCCGUACGAUCUGUAUAGGGCUGGCGUCUACGACGAGUAUCUGAUGGGCUUGAUGAACCAGGUGGCGCAAGCGAUGGACGAUUCCAUCACCCAGGAGGUCACUAACCAUCUGUUCAAGAAGGAGGGAGCCCGCUUCGGGAUGGAUUUGGUGUCGUUCAACAUGCAGCGAGGUCGCGAGUUUGGCGUUCCUGGCUAUAUGGAGUUUAGGAAGUUCUGCGGUCUACCGACAGCGGACAGCUUCCAGGAGCUGUUCGGCUCGAUGCCGAACGAAACGGUGCGACGCUACGAGAGUAUCUUUGAACAUCCUUCCGACGUGGAUCUCUGGUCCGGUGGUGUAUCCGAGCGUUCCCUGCCAGGAUCAAUGCUGGGGCCGACUUUCGCGUGCGUUAUCGCCACCCAGUUUAGCUACGUGCGACGAGGAGAUCGCUUCUGGUACGAACUGCCCAACCAGCCAUCGUCCUUCACUCCCGAGCAGCUGCAGGAGGUUCGAAAAGCCAAGCUGGCACGAUUGAUCUGUGACAACACCGAUCUGAUCGACACCGUUCAAAUCUACCCGAUGGUGCUGCCAGACCAUGAAAUCAAUCCUAGAGUGCCAUGCAAGAGUGGAAUUCUUCCAUCGAUCGAUCUGACCAAGUGGGCCGACUAUGGCCAGGAAAGCCAUUCACCUCAUCAAUAUCAAUUCCUCAACGACAUACCUGAAAAUAUCGGUUUCAAGAAGUAAUCCGCUGCGACCGCUUAAUAGAAUCUAAAACAAAAAAAAAACAGAAAGAGUGAACGAAAUCGAACGGGACAAAACUAUUUCAGAGAUUAUAAGUUAGAUAAAUUCAGUGUUAUGUUUAUAAGCUACUCCGUCCAGUUUGUCCUACUAAAUCCCACAACUUUCGCUUGUUCCUCUGUCUCUGUGUCCUCCCCGUCUCAUCAUUGUAUUAUACACAUAUUUUAUCAUCUGGGCACCCUUCCAAAAAAACAUUCCAUGCACAAAGAUCCACAAUCACAAGGAAUUUCCCCGUUAUUUUGUUAUAUUUUAAAUUCUAUCUGUUAGCGCAAAAAAGUUAUUCGUUUUAAUCGAUCAAGGUAAAGCCACCAAGCAUUUAAGUAUAUUGUAUAUUGCGAGAUUUUCGUUUUUAUAUUUUUUAUUACACCCUACAGAACAUAGCCGCUCUCAGAACUGAUCGAGACGUCAUCGACGGGGUUUCCGUUUGCGAUUUUUAAGAUAUUUAUUUACGUUUAAAAAGUUCGGAUUACCGCAACCCGUUCAGGAUUAUGUUUUUAUUUUUUAUUUUUUUUUUCAUCCAAACAAUGGUGUACGUUAAAUCUAGAUAAGAAAAAUAUACAUCUAAUUAGCCGAAUUUUAUACCCGUCGAAAGAGUUAAAUCCACCACGCCAUUCAUACACUCUCUUUGUUUGUUUUCGUGUAAUAUUUAUGUACAUAAUAAAGUGUUUAAGUACAAAACAAA